AUGUUCGAACGCACCAAAGCAUUUGUUGUUACCAAGGCAGCAGCCCUCCUGGUUGAACUCGAAGCCCAGCUCGAACGCCACGGCAAAGUACGCGAUGCACAGAAGCUCCGCCGCAAGCAACAUGAGUGGUUUCCCCCUCCCCCCAAGGUGUGGAAAGCGGUUCACGAGCUGAUCAGUUCGGAAAAUGAGUUGAUUUUCAGGCUGCAGGAGGAGGCAUUCAACCGCGUACUGCUGGACGGAUGCUUCACGAUCCUGACCACAGAUGGCUUUGAUCAGAUCCUUGAUCUCGUGGAGGUAUGGGAUCACGUGCAAGAGAUCAUAGAGGAGCUAGAGCACAAUCAUCAGGUGGUAUGGGAAGCGGAGCGCAAGUACCUUCUCCAAGAGACCUCGUUGCCGGAUGGACCAUUGAAACGUGCUCUGCGUGCCCGCCGGCAGCAGCCCGGCUGGCACCUCUCCAACUGGCAGCGAAACCAAUGUGCGAGAAUGGGGGGCUGCUGUGCCAGGAACUGCGGCUGCUGCUCCGGGCCCCGGAACCCUGAGGCCACAGUCAAGCAUUACGGCCACUGCUAUUCCUAUUGUGUAUGCUGCAACAGUGCGACGGGCUAUGGUGGCGAGCCCACCGAGCUCAGGCUCGACCCUAUGCACGCCGCCUUCGAUUUGCGAAAAGGUCCGAGAACUAGCUAUGAGCGGGCCUUGUUGGAUGCGUAUUUCUGGGAUUGUGCGUGCUAG